GAGAGACAUAGAGAGAGAGAGAGAUACAGAGAGAGACAGAGAGUGAGAGAGAGAGACACACCUCUCACACCUCUGUAUCCUCUCAUACACACACACAGUGAAAAGAAGACAAGGACACGUAGGCUUAAUCUGUGUGGACCUCCUCUCACCCAUGCUAUCCUCCCCCUCAGUCUCCCUCCUCUCUCACACACUCAGCAGUAUGAUUUUCUUCACAGCACCUUUUGACUGCUGUUAAUUGCAGCAACAAGAGACGAGGAGUGAAUCUGUGUUCUAAUCUCAAACAGUAAUUCAACCAAACUCAACACCAAGAAUGAAGAAAGAACAAAUGUGACGAUAUCUCGGAAGAGUAAAAACAAUCCACUACAGGUCCUCUUCCAAACAGUGGACUGACUCAGAGAGCACCAUCGGACUGACUCAGAGAGCACCAUCGGACUGACUGAGAGAGCACCAUCGGACUGACUCAGAGAGCACCAUCGGACUGACUCAGAGAGCACCAUCAGACUCACUCAGAGAGCACCAUCGGACUGACUCAGAGAGCACCAUCGGACUGACUCAGAGAGCACCAUCGGACUGACUCAGAGAGCACCAUCGGACUGACUCAGAGAGCACCAUCGGACUGACUCAGAGAGCACCUCCAGGGACUUUUAGACAAAACCGAGAAGUGCAGAACCACUAAAAAGCCCACGAGAGACAAAGACACUAGAGACACAUACAGCUGACUGAAGACUGGAGCAAGACACUAGAGACACAUACAGCUGACUGAAGACUGGAGCAAGACACUAGAGACACAUACAGCUGACUGAAGACUGGAGCAAGACACUAGAGACACAUACAGCUGACUGAAGACUGGAGCAAGACACUAGAGACACAUACAGCCCAGUAAAGACUGGAGCAAGACACUAGAGACACAUACAGCCCAGUAAAGACUGGAGCAAGACACUAGAGACACAUACAUCCCAGUAAAGACUGGAGCAAGACACUAGAGACACAUACAUCCCAGUAAAGACUGGAGCAAGACACUAGAGACACAUACAUCCCAGUAAAGACUGGAGCAAGACACUAGAGACACAUACAUCCCCGUAAAGACUGGUGCAAGGCAGGGUAAUCAGCCCCAGUAGCCCACCACUACUACCACCAGUACAACCAACGCCAGUACAGCCACUGCCAUGCAGGUGUCGUUUGCAUGUUCUGACCAGGACGGAGGAAGAGGAGGGCUGAGGCCCCCGGGGAAUGGAGGUCACAGCAAGCAGAAUGCCACCAGCCCCAACACGGCCAGCCAGGCGCGAGCACGCUUCCGGACCGUGGCCCUCAUCGCCCGCAGCCUGGGCUCCUUGACCCACCGCUACCAGCACAACCUUAAGGAGUCCACCGCCAAGCUCACUGGCAUGAAGUACCGGAACCUGGGAAAAUCAGGCUUGCGUGUAUCCUGUUUGGGCCUCGGUACUUGGGUAACGUUUGGAGGUCAGAUUUCAGAUGAGGUGGCUGAGCAGCUGAUGACCAUAGCAUAUGAGAAUGGGGUCAAUCUCUUCGACACAGCCGAAGUUUAUGCCGGGGGGAAAGCUGAGAUAAUCCUGGGGAACAUCAUCAAGAAAAAGUGCUGGAGGAGAUCCAGUCUGGUGAUCACCACCAAGCUCUACUGGGGUGGAAAAGCCGAAACCGAGAGAGGACUCAACAGGAAGCACAUCAUUGAAGGACUGAGGAGCUCCCUACAGAGGAUGCAGCUGGAGUACGUGGAUGUUGUGUUUGCAAACCGGCCCGACAGCAACACUCCCAUGGAGGAGAUUGUGAGGGCGAUGACCCAUUUGAUCAACAAUGGCAUGUCCAUGUACUGGGGGACAUCACGAUGGUCUGCCAUGGAGAUUAUGGAAGCGUACUCGGUUGCACGGCAGUUUAACCUGAUCCCUCCGGUGUGUGAGCAGGCUGAGUACCACUUCUUCCAGAGGGACAAGGUGGAGACACAGCUACCUGAGCUCUACCAUAAGAUAGGUGUGGGUGUGGUCUCCUGGUCACCUCUAGCCUGUGGAAUCAUCACUGGAAAGUAUGAGAAUGGCAUCCCAGAAUGCUCCAGGGCCUCCAUGAAGCCAUACGCCUGGUUAAAGGAUAAGAUAGUGAGCGAAGAAGGGAGGAAACAACAGGCCAAGCUGAAGGAGCUCACUACCAUCUCUGAAAAGCUGGGCUGCACUCUGCCACAAUUAGCUAUCGCCUGGUGUCUGAGAAAUGAAGGAGUGAGCUCAGUGCUGCUGGGAACAUCCAACCCCAUCCAGCUUGCAGAGAAUCUGAGGGCCAUGGAGGUCAUUCCAAAGAUGACAGCAGGCAUUGCCACAGAGAUUGACCACGUCUUGGGAAACCAACCCCACAGGAAGAAGGACUUCCAACAAGCACAUUAGGAUGGAGCCGUUCUUCAGAACUGUGACUAUUCUGGACCAGCUCUCAUCAGUGGCACCUCCAGUCAGUGGCACCUCCAGUCAUUGUGUGCCCAACCCUGUGUGUGUGUGUGUGUGUGUGUGUGUGUGUGUGUGUGUGUGUGUGUGUGUGUGUGUGUGUGUGUGUGUGUGUGUGUGUGUGUGUGUGUGUGUGUGUGUGUGUGUGUGUGUGUGUGUGUGUGUGUGUGUUCUACGCAGUUCCUCGUCCUGCCACACCCGAAUAAAGAUCAACCA